AUGCCAGAUAAACAUAAAUUAAAAUUAUUUUCAAAACAUCAUAAACAUCAUAAUAAUGAUGGAAAUGAAUUAUCACCAUCAACUUCAAAUCAUUCAACAGGUAGGAAAUUUCUAGGUUUUAAUAUUGGUAAACAUGAUUCAAUGGAAAGUUUAAAUAGUCCAACUGGAACAAAUUCACCAGAUACUUUACAUCAACAACUACAACAACAACAACUUAGUAAUAAUAAUAAUAAUUUAACAUCACAUCAACAUAAUAAAUCAACUACUGCAUCACCAAGUUCAUCUACAACUCCCAUAAUUCAUAGUCCUGUUGCUGGUCUACCUCAAGAAGAUCAUAAUCAAUCUUUACUACAUCCAGAUGAUCAACCUUUAAAAAAACCAUCUGGUUCAAUGGUUGAAUUAAAAAGAUUUUUUAAACCUACAAAAAAAUUAUCAAAUCAAAAAGCAACAAAUGGACAAUAUUCAAAUCAUUUACAUUCACCUCCACCUAUUGCAUCAAAUAAUUUAACAAUUCAACAACAACAGGUACAGAUACAACAGCAACAACAACAACAACAACAACAACAUUCAGGUCCAUCAAGUAAUGCACCAUCUAGAGAACAUUCAAGUACAUCAUUAGCCAAUAUGAUUAAUCAAACAUCAACUCAAUUAUUACAAAAUGCAUCACAUUCAACAAAUAAUAAUCGAGAUCCUUUCACUGAUGAUAAUUCACCAUUAGUUAAAAAAUAUGGUAAAAUUGGUAAAGAAUUAGGUAGUGGAGCAGGUGGUUCAGUAAAAUUAAUAACAAGACCUUCAGAUCAAAAAACUUUUGCAGUAAAAGAAUUUAGAGCAAGAAGAUCAACUGAAACUUUAAAAGAUUAUACAAGAAAAUGUACUGCUGAAUAUUGUAUUGGAUCAACUUUAAAACAUCCAAAUAUUAUAAAAACUAUUGAUAUAAUUCAUGAAAAUAAUAGAUAUUUUGAAAUUAUGGAAUAUGCUCCAAUAGAUUUUUUUGCAGUUGUAAUGAGUGGAGAAAUGUCAAGAGCUGAAAUAAAUUGUUGCCUCAAGCAAAUUUUAGAAGGUGUUAAUUAUUUACAUAGUUUAGGUUUAGCUCAUAGAGAUUUAAAAUUAGAUAAUUGUGUUAUUACAAUGGAUGGUAUAUUGAAAAUUAUAGAUUUUGGAUCAGCAGUUAUUUUUAAAUAUCCUUAUGAUCAAUUUGGUAAUUCAAAAGAUAGUAUACAUCCAUGUCAUGGUAUUGUUGGAAGUGAUCCAUAUUUAGCUCCUGAAGUGUUGAAAUCGCCCAAUUCUUAUAAUCCUCAACCUGUUGAUUUAUGGUCAAUUGCUAUAAUUUAUUGUUGUAUGACUUUAAAAAGAUUUCCUUGGAAAAUCCCCAAUGCUGAAAAAGAUAAUAGUUUUAAAUUAUAUUGUAUGCCAGAUGAUAAUUUUCAUGAUUAUUAUUUAAGUAAUGAAUGUCAUAAAUUAUUAUUACAACAAAGAAAAUUAAAAAAUAUGAUUGUUAGAUCAAAUAAAAAGAAAAGAAUGAUUGAAGAAAAUGAAUUGGAAGAUAUAGAAAAAUCUGAAACUAAUAAUACAAAUAAUAAUGAAAUUGAAGAAAAUUCUGAAAUACAAAAAAUAGAUUCAAAAAAUGAAAAAUUAAUGGAAAUCGAAAUAUUAAAUGAAGAACAAGAAACUGAAAUUUUAAUACAAUUAAAAGAUAUAGAUCAAAAAUUAGAAUUUUAUGAAACUAAAAAAAAUGAUUUAAAAAAUCAAUUUUUAGAACAAAGAAAAAAUGAUUCAUCAUAUCUCAAGCAAUUUGCUCAACAACAACAACAAGAAGAAGAAGAAAGAGAAAGACAACGAAAACAAGAACAACAAGAUCAACAAGACAACACAACAGACAAGGAACAAACAACCACCACCACUAAAAAGAAAUCAUCUCAUCAUAAACAAAUUCAUGGACCUUAUAGAUUAAUGAGAUUAUUACCUCAUGCAUCAAGACCAAUAAUAAAUAAAAUGUUACAAAUAGAUCCUAAAAAAAGAGCUUCAUUAGAUGAAAUAAUGAAUGAUGAAUGGAUAAAAGAUAUUCAAUGUUGUACUUUAAAAAGAAUUACAAGAAGUAUUGAUAAUAUAGGAGCAAAUUUUGAUGAAGAUGAUGAAGAAAUAUUGGUAAAGGGAAUUCCACCACAUGAUCAUACUGUUGUUUUGGAAUAG